CUCAACUGCCGGAAGGUCGACCGAAUCAAGAGGCCAUUGAAGCAGCAUCGUUUGAUGGCUCGUUGGUGACCUGUUCCAUUGAGGGGCGCCGGGGCGACGGCCGUGGGCCCAACACCCCGUCCACUUCUGUACCACUAAACGAUGCACGUAGUUGGGGCCGAGGCCCAGCUAGUGAGCAUGUGGCUCACUAGAGAAUGAAGAAGCAAAACGUCCGGACUUUAUCGUUGAUCGUCUGCACGUUUACCUAUCUCCUCAUUGGCGCAGCAUUCUUCGACAUUCUCGAGUCCGAGACGGAGAACCGACGCAAAGAAGCUCUGGACGCCAUUGAAAGAAUGGUUAUACGCAAAUAUAAUAUAAGCGUGGAAGACUUCAAAAUCAUGGAGACUGUGGCGCUGAAAACGGAGCCUCAUAAAGCCGGCCAGCAGUGGAAAUUCAUCGGAGCAUUUUACUACGCUACCACUGUACUCACAACCAUUGGUUACGGGCACUCGACGCCCAACACGAUAAGCGGCAAACUCUUCACCAUGUUCUACGCGAUCAUUGGCAUCCCACUGGGCCUUGUAAUGUUCCAGAGCAUCGGCGAGCGGCUGAACAAGUUCUCCUCGGUCGUUAUACGAAACGUUAAGCAGCUUCUCAACUGCAAGGAUAUUCAGGCUUCGGAAAUCAACCUAAUCUGCGUGGUGACGACUUUAUCGAUUCUAACGAUCGCUGGGGGCGCCGCGGCUUUCUCUCGCUACGAGGGCUGGUCCUACUUUGACUCAGUCUACUACUGCUUCAUUACCCUGACGACUAUUGGCUUCGGCGACAUGGUCGCCCUGCAGAAGGACAAUGCCCUCGUCAGUAAGCCAGAGUAUAUCAUGUUCGCCCUGAUCUUCAUUCUAUUCGGCCUGGCGAUCGUAGCCGCCUCCCUCAACCUGCUGGUACUUAGAUUCGUCACCAUGAAUACGGAAGAUGAGAGACGAGAUGAAGCAGAAGCCCUUCAAGCAGCACAGGGGGCUGUGCGACUAGAGGGUGACGUGAUAACGGCCAACGGCUCGAUCCUCUCGGGCCAGCUCGGCACCCAGGGCGACACAAUAUCGCUGGACGAUGACGCGUCGGUCUGCAGCUGCCGCUGCAGCGGCUUCUAUAAAAAGCGACGGAGACCGCGUUUCACGGUGCGCCGCUCUCCCAGUAGGAUCGCCCACCUACUGCUGAUGCAACCGCUGCCCCCGAGCAGCUCCCUCGACGACGACGACGACGACACGCCCGAGUACGAGGAGUACCAGUACCAGCGAGAGCAUCAGCAGUACCGGCGAGAGCAGCCGAAGCUCGAUGAACUGUCGCAGCACAGAUAUGCGAUGAGGCCGUCCUCAUUGGCCCCGCUGACGCAUCUGCCGUUAAUCUACCAGCACAGGGCCAGCAUUUGAUCGGCCAAAAGCGAUUUUAAGGCUACGCUUGGUCGAACGAUUGAUGCGCGACGACGAGACUCCCUCUAGCGGCGACUCCACGUUCUCCAGCACGGCUGAUGCUUGCGUCGUUCGAGCGCUUUCCGAGGAUUCGAGUGGGAUAUCUGAGAUGCGUCUUAACGAUAAAGGGGCUUGGGAGUGAAGUAGGCAGGCGUGGAGGGAGAGAGAAAGAGAGACGUUUCUAGUUCUUUCCUAUUUAUGGUAUUUUUCGUUUUCCGUGAUGGCGUGGAGUAAGACUGGCAGUAGUGUCUACAGUAGCCAAACGCUGUAUAAGGUUGGGCUCCGCUACUACCUUUCCGACCAAUCAUAUUUGACCAUAUAAAUAAACCAGGAUCUACGUUCCACGUGGACCCGACAAAUGUGAUCGUUAGCCUGAUGUUAUGAACCAGUGCCGGGCCCAAUACUGUAACAUUAGACCAAUAAGAGUUUAAGGAUCUUUAUUUAUUUAUUAAUAUUAUAGAGAAGGCCGAUCUAGCACUUCUUCCGUGCAUACUCAAUAUUUCAGAAUAAAAUCAAUUUUUAAUUCGGAAUUCUGACACACCAAUACGAAUAUCAUCGAGAACUGUAUUUAUCGUUUCGCCAUUACACUACUAAAGAUUAUUUAGUAAUGAAUAAAUAAAGUCAUUCGAAAAUGGUGAAAUUUAGACCUCUCUUUCUUUUUCCUCAAGACAAAAGAAAUGAAACGUGAAUUGAUUAUUUCCAAAUCAGCAGAUAAUUAGUUAACUUACAGAGUAGAUAGGUAAUGAAGUAAUGCCAACGCGACAAAAGUAUAUAGUGCGCGGGAUAUAUAACGAGUUGAGAUGAAGACUAACGACGAUAAAGUUAUAUUUAGAUGAUGAAAAGUCUUAGGGUGUGCGCAAUAAAUAAAAGAAAAUUCUGGUCGGCUCCUAAAUAAUAUUGCCAAUCGCGGCGAUGUAAGCGAACAGAAUAAUGUAUGACGAUCGGAGCGACUUUCUGUACAGUUAUUAUAGUCUCCCCUGUGGUGCCUCACCCAAGUUCGUAACUAAUACGUACAUAUAUGGUAGAGAGAUACUAGAUUUUUAUUUAAAAAAUUUUCUCCUUUCAAUAAUGAAAAAAUAUCAUCGAUCAAUCGAUUAUGUCGGCCAUGAAUCGGGCGAGCUUAUAUAAACACUAAACAUUAAAAAUUAAUAUAUUAAACAAGAAGACAGAAAGAAAUUGAAAGAAUGA